AUGCCGAAGCGCUCAGCUUUUGUAAAUAAUAAUAAUAACGAGGCCAAAAAAUUGCAAUCAACCCUUGAUGUAUCUGCAUCGGCGAACUGGACUGAGGGUUCCAAUUUGUUGAUCUAUAAUUACUCCAAUGUCAAACCAUCUUCUAAACUUGGCUUGGCAAAAGAAUCCGAUCGUCGUAUUCCCGAAUUUAAAGCGAAAUUUACUGCAGUGUGUGCAAAACUGGACAUUCCUUUGCGUGGAUAUUUUUCUACUUCUGAUGAUAAUCUACGAAAACCGCGAAUAGGCAUGUGGGAAACUUUGGAAUCCGAUAAUGACGGAAUAGAAAUCAAUCGAAAUGAAUCGAUUUACUGUGGAGAUGCAGCUGGUAGAGAGGCUCAAGGAAAGAAAAAGAAGGAUCAUUCCCAUUGUGAUCGUCUCUUUGCUUUAAAUGUAGGAAUAACGUUCAAAACUCCAGAGGAACUUUGGGAUGAUAAUUAUGCUACCUACUUCACCUAUCCACUUCUCUUUGAUAUCGCAAAAUUUCGAGACUCUUUUGAUGAUACGAUAGAUCCGGUACCUUCUGCACUUAAAGAUCUAAAAUCGCCAGUUCUUGUCAUUAUGGUUGGAUUUCCUGCAUCCGGUAAAUCGACUUUCUGCGGCAAAUAUCUUCAGAAUGCAGGCUUUCAGAUUGUGAGCAGGGAUACCAUAAAGGAUAUGAAAAAGUGCGUCGAAAAAUGUCAAGCCCUGCUGAAAUCGGGCUUAUCAGUAGUAAUUGAUAAUACUAACGUUGAUACCGCGUCCAGGAGUUCAUUUUUACAAGUGGCAAAGAAUCUGAUGAUUCCUGUAUAUGCUUGCGUUUUAAAGACGUCCUUUGACCAUGCUCGUCACAAUGAAAUUUUUCGUCAGAUUACGUGCAAAGGUCAUAGCAAAAUAAGUAUCAUGGUUUUCAAUAUGAUGAAAAACAAGUAUCAGGUUCCUACGAAGGAGGAGGGAUUCACAGAUGUUUUUGAAAUCCCCUUCAUUCCAAAACAUUCUUCUCAGACACAUGGGGAACUUUAUUUCAAACAUUUGCUUGAAAAAUAA